AUGGACGCCGGCAACGACGUGUCAGACGACCAGCAAGACAUUGCACGCGGGCGCGACAUGGUCGACUCCCUGUUCCAGGGCUUUGGCUCGGGCAUCGGCGGCACCCACAACGCCGUCCUCUCCUCCACAGAGUACCUGUCCACCGCGGGCAAGACUUUCCAAUGCAAUCUGGCCUAUAAGAAGCUGGGCAUCGCGCCCAUCGUCAUGUCUGCGGGCGAGCUGGAGAGCGGCAACGCGGGCGAGCCGGCCAAGCUGAUCCGGCAGCGGUACCGCGAGGCCUCCGACGUCAUCAAGAAGGGGCGGAUGUGCUCCCUGUUCAUCAAUGACCUGGAUGCGGGCGCGGGACGCAUGGGCGACGCCACGCAGUACACUGUCAACAACCAGAUGGUGAACGCCACCCUGAUGAACAUCGCCGACAACCCCACCAACGUGCAGCUGCCGGGCGUGUACAAGAACGAGGAGAUCCCGCGCGUGCCCAUCGACCGCAUCGGCGUGUGCAUGGGCAUCUUCCAGCACGACAACGUGGACCGCGCCGAUGUGGAGAAGCUGGUGGACGCAUUCCCCGGCCAGUCGAUCGACUUCUUCGGAGCCAUCCGCGCCCGCGUGUAUGACGACAAGGUGCACGACUGGAUCAUGGGCACGGGCGUGGAGAACAUCGGCAAGCGGCUGAUCAACAGCAAGGAGGGCAAGGUGACGUUCGACAAGCCCUCCAUGGACCUGGGCACGCUGAUGAAGUACGGCAACCUGCUGGUGGAGGAGCAGGAGAAUGUGAAGCGGGUGCAGCUGGCGGAUGAGUACAUGAGCGGCGCCGCGCUGGCCGGCUCCUCGGGCUCCUCCCUGCCAGAGGGCUACUCGGGAAUGCGCCCCAAGCAGUCGCUGCUCAGCUAG